AGAACACACUCACAAGUUACACAGUAAUACGGUGUAUCCAAUCACACAUUAUCCAAAAGUCUAACCCUAAGCUUCACUACUGAGAAGUGAAAAUCCCAUUUUUCGCUAAUUUUCUCUCUCCUCCGCUACCACACUUUCUCUCUCCGCCGCCCACCACCGCCGUCGACGAAUUUUUCCGUCGCUUGUGCCACCGCUAAACUUCAAGCGCCGGUUUCUCUUCUUUUAAAGCAGUCUUUGCUGCUUAAUUUUGUAAUUCCCUCCGAUGGGUGACGAAAAUCAGCCUUCUAAGAAAAGAGCUGCUGGUAGAGAGUUAUCUCGAGAUAAUCCUGGUCUUGAUGAUGAGGAUGAAACUGAAGAACAGGUGGGAACUUUUAAGAAAGCAAGUGGUGAGGUGUUGGCCGCGAGAAGAAUAGUGAAAGUUCGUCGUCAGCAAACUUCUACCGCACCUUCUGCUCCCUCAGCAAAUCCUUUUGCUGGGAUACGUUUGGUCCCUCCCCCUGCUCCUGCUAAUGCUACUGCAGAAGCACAAACUGUUGGAGACAAAACAGGUAGUGAAGAUGCAGAUACCAAAGAUGAUGCUAAUUCAGAGUCUGAGUUGAAAAAGGUUGAAUCAGAAGAGAAGUCCAAGGAGACUACAACAGAAUCUGAUGCGGGUAAGGAGAAUGAAGUACCUACUGAGCAAGCACCUGUUGUCAGUCAGCCUAAUCAGGUCUCUGAUGAUAGUAAAGAAAAGGCGGCUAAGCCUAGCGAUGAGAAAAAAGCUGAUGACAAUGCUGAGAAAACAACUGAAGCCGAGUCUGGUGGUGAAGUACCUGGUGACGGUGACAAGGGUGAGAAUGAUAACAAGAAUGAGAAUGAAAUAUCUGAUGAAAGUGGCAGUGGUGGUGCUCCUUUGAGUUCUUUCCAACAACUUUCAAACAGCCAAAACGCAUUCACCGGCCUUACUGGCACUGGAUUUUCAACAACUACAUUCUCAUUUGGGUCCCUUCAAAAAGAUGGCUCUCCUUCACAAUCAUCUCUUCCCACCUUCAGUUUUGGCACCUCAAAUAACGGCAGUACUCCCCUUUUCGGUACAAUGAUGGCGGGGACAUCCCUUGGGACCAAGACUGAGGCACCUGCAUUCCGUUCUAUGCAGGAGGUAUCGACAGAAACAGGUGAAGAGAAUGAAGAAACGGUUUUCUCAGCUGAUUCUUCUCUGUUUGAGUUUCUCGAUGGUGGGUGGAAAGAACGUGGUAAAGGAGAGGUAAAGGUGAAUGUUCUGAAAGGCGAAACUCAGAAAGCUCGGUUGGUGAUGCGAGCUAAAGGGAAUUUGAGAUUGAUUUUGAAUGCAAGUCUGUUCCCUGAUUUCAAGCUCACAAAAAUGGACAAAAAAGGUAUCUCCUUUGCUUGUGUGAAUAUCGCUACAGAGGGCAAGGAUGGCCUAUCAACGUUUGCUCUGAAGUUUAAAGAUGGUUCGAUUAUGGAGGAAUUUUCUUCAUCAGUUUCAGCUCACAAGGAUAAACCUGUUACUUCUGCUCUAAAGACCCCAGAAAAUUCUCCAAAGGCCUCAGACGAUUAAGAGGUAGAUUUGUAUUAUGCUGCUGUGGAUGUUGCAUGAGAAGUUUUAAACCCGUUUAACUGUUACCGUUAGCACCGAAGACGGAGAGGUGUGGUUGUUCAAGAAUUUUGUUCGUCAAAGCCCUUUUUCUGGGGUGUAAAGUUAUAAAGGACAUUUACCGCCCCAUUUUGUUGUGCAUCUGCACUGUAACAUGUCAUCAAAGAGGUAUUUCUUAACUUAGUGUUACUACAUGUAAUCCGGAAUGUUGAAUAAUAUGUUAGAUUGUUUGUUACUGAAUUUGAAUCUAGGAGAUAUGAGGAUGCUUUGUUGUUGUCAA